CGUUCUGUAGACAUAAAUAAUAGGCAUCAAGCUCAGGGUAUUUCAUUUUGUGAAUUUAAUUUCAUCAACUUUAAACGAAAUUGUACAAAUGAAAUGGUAAUUCAAUGUCGCGCUUGUCUUAAUUCAAAGGACACUGCAUUUAUACGCAUGGAGUCCCAUAUAGCGGAAGGCAUCGACUUCUUUUCUUGCUUCAGUGUGUGCACGCAAUUGGAUGCAGGACUCAAUGACGGACUGCCGGCUGUUCUUUGCACUAAUUGCUCUCAGGAUCUUCAAAUAGCUUUCAAUUUUGUGCAAACUGCACGCCAAGCUGACAGAAUGCUGCGUGAGGGUUUACUACAAAAGCUGAUGCCCGAUGAAAUAGUAGAAACAUUGGACACAGAAAUUGGCGAUUCAAUAAUGGAGCCUUUGGAAGUAGUAGACGAUAGUGAAGAUGAGGAUUGUGUGGUUGAGGAGCUUCUAGAAGACGAGCCUGUAUUAGAUGAAGUUAUCGAUGAGGGUGAUGUAGAAAUAAUGGAGGUCGAAAAGGCAGAUGAGCAUAUUUUCGAAAACUCAGUAGAUGAACUAGAACUUAUCGAGGAGAAAUACGAAGAGACUCCAACAGUAGAAUCUGGAAAUGACAUAAAUUAUCAGCACGAGGAACAGCCCAACUCAGGAGAAUAUUACCCCGAAGAUGAAGUUGAUGACGAGUACCAGAGGGAAUACCACGAAAAUGAAGAACAGCUCAACAUUUGCGAUACCGUAUCUAAUGGUGCUAAAUGGAAAUGCAUAGAAUGUAAGCGUGUCUUAUGUGGCAACGUCUCUUAUGAAGGCCAUAUGAAUAUGCAUCGCUCAUUGCGUCCUUACAAAUGUACUUUAUGCAUGUGUGCUUUUCGCUGCAAAAAUGCGUUAGAGCAACACACGCAAAAGCGACACCAGCCAGAAAAUACAUUGGAAAGCGCUCCUCCAAUAAGUAAUUGCGAUAAAUGUCCAAAAAUAUUCUCAACGCGUGAAGAAUUACAAGAACACCAUGAAUUGGUACAUCCCGAAAGUUAUCCUGUUCAGUGUCGGCACUGUCCGCUAAUACAACCGUUAACGCGCUCCAAAUUAGUGGAACAUUUUCGUAUUGAACAUCCAGUAGAGCAUCGUAAGCAUUUCCCAACAGUAGGAAGACCACUGAAUGAACCAAUCAAGCCGACACCUUGGCAAUGUGAAGUGUGUAAACGUUAUAUGCGAUCAGAAGCAGCCCUACGCGAUCAUCGGCACACUCAUCGAAAUGAACGGCCCCAUGAAUGCCAAUUUUGUUCGAAACGUUUUGCUACAACCAGUAAUUUACGUCAACAUAUGCGAGGUGUGCAUACCGAGGAAUAUGAGAAGCAAGUUAGUGAGGGCGGAGAUACUGUUGUGCAAUGUGAAAUUUGCAAAAAGCAGCUUCUUCGGCGAAAUCUCGAAAAGCAUAUGGCACUGCAUAUAAAAAAAGAACGUGAAGCGAAUGAGACUCAAACAAAAUCCCUUUGCGCAUAUUGUUCACGCGAGUGUAAAAGCCAAAAAUCCCUCAACCAACAUGAGAAAAUGCAUCAAGGUGCAUCACCAGACAUUAUCUAUAUUUGUGCCGAUUGUGACCGUUCCUAUGCCACACAAUAUUUGUUACAGCAACAUCGCAAACAGGCACACAAAGAGCGAGAUCACUUCUGUCCGAUCUGUGGGAAUGGAUUUAAGCUUAAAAAUCAAUUGGUGAAUCACAUGAAACUGCAUUUGGAAAAAAAUAUUAAAUGUCCGCACUGUGAGAAAUGUUACGCACGCAAAUUUGAUCUAGACGUACACAUGCGCACUCAUACAGGCGAGCUACCAUUCGCCUGUCAUCUUUGCGAAAAGCGUUUCGCCAUUAAGGUACGACUCACUUAUCAUUUGCAGAAGCAUUAUGGCGUUAAGCAUCGCUGCAAAGAUUGUGGUGCAGAAUUCAAUUCAAAACAGAAAUUGAAAGCACAUAGUUAUAAGCAUACCGGCAUGCCGUAUCGCUGCGAGAGGUGCGAUGGCCACGGCUUUGCUAAUCGCGAUGUCUUCAAACGCCAUCUGCAGCGUGUGCAUUGCACCAGUAUGAGCGAUGAGGAACUUGUUGCCAUGUUUCAGCAAAAUACUGGGAAAUCGAUACGUAUACGCCGUGUUGACUUGUACGAAGAUAAUGUGGAAAAAGAGCCUUUGAGAACCACGUCUGAGACGGUCGGUACUUUGAUCAAUGCAGACGACAUUGCACUAGAAACAGAGGUGAUUCAUACUCGUGAAUUUACGAAUGCAAAAUCACUUAGUCUGCACGAGCACAACGUCCAUUUAGUCAAAUUGGAGGAACCAAAAUAUGAAUGCGGCAUUUGUAAGCGAAAAUGCUAUCAGCAACGAGAUCUUACUUCUCAUAUGCAACGAGUGCACCUGGCGGAGCGCAAGCACGUUUGCAACAUAUGCGGCAAUGCAUUCAAGAGCGCUUGGCCAUUGACAACACAUAAGCUCCUACAUGUCGAAGAUAAGUCUUUCGAGUGCAUUCACUGCCAACGCAAAUAUACUCGACAAGCCGAUUUAAAUGUGCACAUUCGCUCACAUACCGGGGAACUGCCAUACGCAUGUCACCUGUGCGACAAACGUUUUGCCAUCAAAGUACGGCUAACAUACCAUCUGCAACGACAUCAGGGUGUCAAGCACCCUUGCACUUAUUGCGGCAAUGUCUAUGAUAAUCGCAAUCAACUAAAGGAGCAUCUUUUCAAGCACACAGGUAUGCCGUAUCGGUGUGAAUUGUGCCCGGAUGUUGGAUUUACACGUCGUUUGCGCUUUUCCAGUCAUAUGCAGCGCGUUCAUAAUCAAAAACUGAGUGCGGACGAAUUGGCUUCCGUUUUUGCGAAAUACACGGGAAAAGCGAUACAUUUCAACUCCAGCUUCAAGGCGCAAGAUAGUGAGGACUCACAAACAUUGCCCGACUGUAUUGUGGAUGAUGUGAAAGGAAAACAUGCUGCAUCACACAUCAAGUGCUUUCUGCGAAGUUUAUUUGGAACAUAUGGCAAAAAAAAUAUCACCAUGUCGGAUAAACCAUCGACCUCAAGUCAUUCAAGUAGAAGAUCUGUGAAAAAUUUGAAUAACAUUGAUUUGAUCGGCAACACUGCGCAUCAGAUCACGGGCGCCAAACUUCCGUGCAUCAAACAAGUGUUACAAGUGAUGUUCCAUAAUAUGCGAUUUGUUGGACUUACUGCAAAAGACAGUGCAAAAUUGACCAUAAGUGCAGCUGUAAUAUUUUGGCAACAAGCUCGCAUUCCAAUUGUUAAUGAUGAUAAGUGUGUGAAAAAGCUGAUGAAAGUUUACGACCAAUGGAAAAACAUACAAAGAACUGUCCCAGAUAAAAGGUCAAAUGCACAAAAGCAAGUUGCCGAACAAUUUACUCAAAAUCUUGAUGAUUUGUUUGAUAUUGCCAUCGGUGAUGCGUUGGAAAAAAUUCGAAUUGAAGAGGACAGAGAAUUUUUAAAAUUGCAAAGACAAAAAGGUCGUCCAGGCUGCAUGGUUGGUGUCGAUAUGAAGUUAUAUGGGCGAGAAAAACGUACGCAAGAACGACAAGAAAAAGAAGAAGCGCGUAAAAGAAAACACGAGGAAGAGAUGGCUAGACCUUCAGAUGUCGUGAAUUGUGAUGAUGAAGAUGCUGAAAUGCCAUUUUGUGAAACGAUUGAUGAAGAAAAUGAACCGAUUGACGAUGACUGGGAACCAGAGAAAGUAGCUGGUAACGCAACAUCCGCCAAAAAAAGAGGCCGAAAAGAAUUCAUCACAGCAAGAUUGGCUGCUGCACUUGAUAAUGCUAAAGUUUCGGAUGGUAUGGCCGUGCAUAUCCUCAUUGCAGCUGCUGAAGCAUUUGGAAUACGGGCUGAAGAGUUAGCUAUCAACCGUUCAACUAUUCAUCGCGCUCGCCUGGAACAUCGAUUGGAAGAUACAAAAGAUGUGAUGGCUCGGUUUCCCGACAACAUAAAUACCGUUGGAUCAUUAGUUGUUCAUUGGGAUGGCAAACUACUACAAGUUUUGAUUGGUAGACUCAAAGUUGAGCGCAUAGCAGUUCUUGUGAGCUACAAUGGGACAUCCAAGUUCCUCGGAGCACCGAAAAUUGAAUCGUCAAGUGGAGAACACAUUGCUGCUGCGGUUCACGAGACAUUAGUUAAAUGGAACAUUGCGGAGUACGUGCAAGGCAAAUGUUUUGACACAACUUCAAGUAAUACCGGCACAGAAAAAGGAGCUAGUGGUUACGUGAGCGAGAUUUUGCCUUGCAUAAUGGGCAAAUUGGAGCAUUACGAUGAAUUUGCUGAUGACACGAAAGACAUGAUUUCAUUGGUGGCGGUUGUUGACCGAGAUGUUGGUGGGGGUGGCGGUGGCGGUGCGGAAAAGUCACUCUUACCCAAACGCACUGCGGCUGCAGCAGCUGCUGCGGUUCCAGUUCCAGGAGGUGCAGGUGGCAUAAAAGCAUGCCCACCAGUUGGUCCACUACCACCUCCAAAUUACUGUUUCAAAAAGUUAAAAAUGGGCUCACCACUGAAUCCCAACAUCAGCUUUGAGGAAACGCGAUGCUGUCGAGCGUGUCUAUCAGUAGCGACACAAAAUGAACUUGAAGACUAUGUCGAUCUGCUGGAGCCAUAUAGCUGUGAGAGCGGUACUCUUACCUUACUGGACUCUUUUAAUAAAUGUACUCAAUUACAUAUUGUGGUCGAAGAUUUUGAUAUUGAAAGAUAUCCACCUAGCCAUUUUAUCUGUGGGCGUUGUCGUCUUGACCUCAGGCAGGCUUAUGAGUUUCUAACGAGAGCACAGUUAAAUAAUCAAAUAUUAAAAUCUCAAUAUAUACAAUUGAAAUCUGAGGUUGCACAGCAAAAACCUGAUCUUAAUGGCAUCUAUACAGAAAGGGAAGAGGGAAGGGAGAAUGAUGGAAUGGAGAAGGAGUUCAUUAAAACGGAUUUUUCACCUGUCGAAUAUGCCGACCAAAGCUCAAAUAUUACCACUGAAAUUGAUGAGAUAUUUGGUGACGUUAAUUCUGAGGCCAACGAGCCGUUACCAACUACUUUCAUAAGCGUAGAGCGCGUCUUGUGCAACGAACAGGAUGAUGUUCCUAAUAGUAACAUCAAUACUACAAAAGAGUCAAUAUGCAAUGAGCAAAUAAAAUCCAGCUUUUUUGGUAAAUUAUCCCCAUCUAAUAGGGAAGACCCCAACAUUGACGAUACCCGUAAGGAUUGUUUUGAUUUUAAAUGCGAGUUUUGCACAUCUAUAUUCGAGUUCCAAAGGGAUUUGCUCCAUCAUUACGAAAUAGAUCAUGGAGAUAAAACACUUAAUUUUCCCUGCGAAUAUUGUCAAAAUCGAUUUGUUACAAAAAACGCGCUACGUUUACAUCGGCGACAGGUUCAUCAAAAAGAUGAAUAUAUGGAUUGUGAGCAUUGUGGAAGGACUGUUUUGAAAACGUUCUACAGCGUGCACUUAAGGCGCCAUAAACAACUCAAGUUCCUAUGUAACAAGUGUCCUAAAAUAUGUGCUUCGCGUUAUACGCUCAAAAAGCACAUGGAACUACACUCGGAAGAUCGUGAUCGCAAUAUUGAAUGCAUCGAUUGCGGGAAGCGAUUCUAUACUCUUGAGAAUCUACAAUUGCAUCAAACCAUUCACAUCUCGCCUGAAGAUCGAACAAUAUUCGAAUGCACAGUUUGUUCAAAGACAUUUAUGCGCAAAUCCAAUCUUGGUUUGCAUAUGCAAAUGCAUCGUGGAAAGACUAUGGAUUGCCCACAUUGCGGGAAGAAGUUCGUACGUCGCAAAGAUCUCGAAAUACAUAUACGUUUCCACACUGGCGAAUUUCCAUAUGCAUGUUCGAUGUGUGACCGAAAGUUUGCAAUAAAGGGCCACCUUAACUACCAUGAGAAAAGACAUUUAGGUGUGCGUUAUAAAUGUGAUGAGUGUGAAAAGACAUUUAUAAAUCUGGCUGGAUUGCGGCAACAUCAGUACGAACAUACUGGAAUGCCAUUGAUGUGUGGAGUAUGCCAGCGUGGAUUUCCAACCAAAUUUAAGGUUCGUCGCCACUUACGCACAGUACAUCAAUACCUCUUCAAAAAAACUGGUUAUUCAGAUACACUAGCAAAAAAGUAUAUAACCCCUGCUACCAAAUCAAAACUUGCUACGAAAGGUUUAGAGGUGGAGGACGUUACUGAAGGCACUGUCGAAAUGCUAGAGGAGCAUGCCGAAGACAUUCCCUUGAAUAUGCUAGCUAUUUAAAUCUUCUGUUCUAACCAAAGUCUUAAAAAAAAGAAACUAAUUUUAAUUAAAAAAUAACUGUUAUAUUUUAGACUGCUAAACUAAUAUUAAGCAAUAUUUAUUUAAAUCUGAUAAUAGGUAAAAAUAAAAUUCCACAAAAAAUCGUA